CAGAGCACAAACGGCUGCAGGCUCAGAGCUGCAUGCUAAUAAUUCACCGUGUCAGUGUGUGUACACACUGCAGCGCAGAUUUCCUGCCACCUCAACCAGACUGCUCUCUAUCGUGUGACAUAGUGUGACCUUAAGAGGCAGAUGAUGUGUGAGUGGUGUUGGUAGGGGUCUGGCUCCUGUGGUGAUACUUUAGAAAUGGAGGAAGAUCAAGUGCCAAACAAGGAUUCCUCUCAAGCCACAGAUGUGAAGAGGGUGCACCCUAAAUCUGAAACCAAGCGAUACAGUGAGAUCUUCAGAGAUUUCGAUAACUUCGAAUUGACUUUAAUUUGUCCUACAGGGGAGGAACUGCUGCUAGACAGUGACUCACAGUCCAUCCCUGAAUCCAUCUCUGCAGAGAGUGCGGAUCUCACAGAGCAACAAUAUGUAUCUGUUCGUGCUGAGGUCACUGAAGCAGAUGGAAACCAAGCAGCCCAGGAAGCAGACCUGGCCCUGUGUCGGUGUGACGAUGGAGUGGAGACGGCGCUGCAGUACACCAAGAUGUGGUGCCGCUAUGCCAAAGACCUCCUGGCCUGGAUGGAGAAGAGAAUCGCCUUGGAACAAGAAUUUGCAAAAAAUGUGAUGAAGACAGCCGAAGGAGCAAAAGCCAACGUGGGGCAGCAGGAAAUGAUGCCUCUGCAGUACAUCUACACAAUGGCGCUAGAGCAAGACAUCAAGAACAGUCUGACCUCUAGAAAGACUUCAGAACUGAUACACAACCGCUGUUACCAAGCCUUGGCUGCCAAGAAGAAUGAGAUCGACAAGUGGCGCAGAGAAUUUAAGGAGCAGUGGGCACGGGAACAAAGGAGGAUGAACGAUGCAGUGACAGCUCUCAAAAAGGCUCGUCAGCAAUAUUACCAGCGCUGUGAUGAGCUGGAGAAGGCUAAAGCCAUCUCUGCUAAAGCUGUGGACGAUACAACUGGACUCAAAACAAUAGAUAAGAGGCGGAAGUCCAAGGAUGAAGCCCAGACAAAGGUGAUGGAGGCAGAGCUCCUGUACAAACAGUGUGUGAAUGAUGCCAAGAUCCACCAGGAUGGGUUAGUGAAGGUCAAAGAAAGAAUUAUUUCCCACAUUCGCAAGCUCAUCUGUCAGGGAGACACUGUGCUCAAGGAGGCCACAGUUAACAUGUUUUACUACCAGCGGCAGCAAACAGAGUCUGUUCCCCUCGGCUAUCACAACCUGGAGUUGACGUGCAGGUCCCUGGAGCCUGGCGAGCCCUAUCUGCUCUACGUCCUCAGCAAGCGUCGCCCCGAGCAACCUCUCCAAGUCUUUACCUUCCAGGAUUAUGUUCCUCAGUGCAAAGGGAACAAACGAAAGACCAGCAACACGCUCGGCUCUGUGCAGGACUCUUUGCCUAUGACAGACGAUAGCCCUUUGAGACGGCCCACUGAUGGCAGGAGAACAGGGUGCAGUGACAGUGAGAGUUUUGGAGGCAGUUUAGAAUCUCUGUCCAGCCCUGCUCACACUAAUAGGAGGCUGCCUAAAACUGCAUCCACUUUGACAGUGUCAUCGGACGACAUGGACGAACGGGAUGUUGCGUCAGAAUCAGAAUAUAUUGACAGUCAGCCAGCCAAAGUGCGCACAAUUACAAGGGCUGCACUGACACACCAACUCAGGAAGAUGAAGAGCAAGAUGGUCAAAUGCAAGCAGUGUGAAAACUACAUCGUCGUCAAUGGGGUCGAAUGUGAGGAGUGCGGCCUGGCUUUGCACAGGAAGUGUAUGGAAGUGUGUCAGCUAGAGUGUGAGCACAGGAAGGGGACUGUGUUCGGCGUGGACCUCUCUCUGCUGUCCCGUGAAAGGCCAGACGAGUUGCCCUUUGUGGUGGUGCGCUGCACAUCUGAGAUUGAGAGUCGCGCUCUCUCUGUCCAGGGUGUGUAUCGUGUGAGUGGGUCCAAGCCUCGCAUCCAGAAGCUCUGUCAGGCCUUUGAGAUACAGAAGGAGCAGGUGGACCUCUCUGACCUUUCACCGCAUGACAUCACCUCCAUCCUUAAGCACUUCUUCAAAGAGCUCCCCGAGCCCUUACUAACCUAUGACCUGUACAAUAAUUUCAUCGCGGUGGGAAAGACCAUUCAGAACCUGAGUGAAAGGGAGCCGGCACCAGACACUAACGAGACAAUGGACAUUGUUCACAACCUGGAAAAACUACUACAGAAACUCCCUUCAUAUUACUACAGCACCUUGCAGUACAUGAUGUCUCACCUACACAAAGUGUCAGAGAACCAAGAGAACAAGAUGUCUCCUAGCAAUUUGGGUAUUGUGUUUGGGCCAACACUACUGCGCCCUCCUGUGUCGUCGGACAUGUCAAUGAUUGCCCUGCUGGAGACCAGUUACCAGGCUGUGCUUGUUGAGUUCCUCAUCACACACCACGACAAGAUUUUUGGCCUUCAGCAGAGACCCAGUACGCCUCCUCCCCCAGCCCCUACUGCACCUCUUCCAGACACCCCUCCCCGAGCUUCCUGUGCCCUGGACGGGGAAGUUUACACCAGCUCAGAACAUGAAACCUCCUCCAGAGAGCGACCACACUCACUAGAAAAUCGAACAAUCAAGAGAGAGUCAAGCGAGGGUUAUAUAUCUGACAAGUCUUCAUCCAAUGAGGCAGUGGACCAGCUCAGCCCUGAAGCCAGUGAGCAAGCAGUCCUGGCUAUGAAAGGGGCAUCAAGCGAUCCUCAGGGUGAGCCGGGGGAAGGACCAGACUCUGGUUUGGGGACCCAGCCACACUAUCGCUUCACCAGACAGCCUGUGAAGUAUUACCGGCAUCAUAACCUAGGAACCCGACUCUCCAAUCCAGGUCGUGCAGCCAGACAGCCUGCGACCCCAGCGAGGGGCCGUCCGGGGAGCGCAGACAGCAGCCGCAGCUCCUCUCCAGAAACAGGGACACAGAGACUAUCCCAGAACUUAGAGGUCCACUCUGAGAAAACCCACCAGCCACUCCAGGCCACUGUUGCCACAGAGAAUAAAGUGGACGUUCCGCUGAGCCCCCGCGAGGUUGUGCAGUACAUGCUGGGGUUGGACUCAAUGUUCACAUCAGCUGCAUCUGAGACAUCUUCUAUUUCAACACAGGAGUCUUCUCAGGAGGUGGCGUCUGGGCGUGAGGUUAAUCAGGACAUAAAUGCAUCCAGUAACAGACAGAGUGCUGGACAGAGACAGGCUCUGUGUCAGUCACCAAAGACACUUCCUCUUGAGCACAACCUGACAUCACCAGCGCAGAAGAUCCUGUCUGGCCUGAAGCUGAGACGCAGCCACUCAGGGAAGGACGAGCAGCUCUUUGUCUGAGGAAGGACAGAAAUAUGGAAUAUUCACACACACUGGAUGUAGAAUAAAAGGUUAGAGGAAUACUUCACUGCCCCAAAUUAUCUUUUGUAUAUCAGUUACUCAGCCAGUGUUACGUUAAAUUCUUGAAGAAAACUUCAAGGAUGCAUCCAGGGUGAAUGAAGAAUCCUAAAACUGAGAGAAUUCUUGAUUAAUUGAAGUCAUAAGGGUCCACAUUUUAUAACAGCAAAACUACAUCAUCAAAACAUAUCUCUAACAACUCCUGCAAUAUCAUUUAGGUCACAUUUAUCCAGUCAUGUGGCUCAGCAAUUCCCAAACAGACUGCCCUUUUCUUAUGAUGACCUAAAAAUGAACGUAAUCUGUGGUAUCUUUAAAGCCAGACUCUGUUGACAAAAGCAGCCAUUUUACCUCACUGAACACAGGAGGUGCUGGUCCACAGUUGCCUCAAUCAGUUGGUUUGUUUGUAUUACUGUGUGACUUUGGUGAAUCUGAACUAACCCUUUAGAAACACCAAAGUCACACAAUAAUACAAACUAACUGGUUGAGGUAGUGGUAGACCAGCAGCUGCCAGCAGGGUUAAAUUACUAGUUUUGUAAAUAGAGUCUGGCUUUGAAGGGAGCAUAGUAAAGUUUCAGUGUCAGUUUCAGUGUCAGGCAAACGACUGGAUAAAUGAGACUUGGAUUAUACUACAGUAGUUGUGUGAGAGUUUGUAAACAGAUGUUUUGACAUAGUUUUGCUGUUGUUAAAGGCGGCCCCCAAUUAAUCCAAUGUAUUAAGAAUUUUCUUUGUUUUGGGAGUCCAAGUUCACCGGAGGCACGAAUAAUUGUAAUUGAUACACAAAUGGUCAUUUGGGGGGUGAAGUAUUCUUUUAGUAUCUCUUUUAUUGUGUGUAACUUUUAUCAAGAUUUAUGCAGUUUUUCAACAUAUUUUACUCACACACAAACCUCACACUCACAUUCACGUGACUCUGGAAGGACACACAGUUGAAAAGUUCAGGCCUGAUGCUUACCUACUUACACAGCCUUACUAUGACUAAUCCACUUUGAGAUUUGAUCUGUUGACCAUCCAGCUGUCUAACACCCACAGCAGACAAGAACGGUUCAGUUAUCAAAGGUUUUUAAUAUUUCUACUGUAUUUGAAUGUAACAAACAGGUGGUAUGAAAUCAGUAAACUAGCACAUCAAGUAUCGAGUUUCUGGUUUUGUCCUGAACAAACUAAUGAAAAUCAGCGAAAUACAAUCGCCAUUAAGUGUUGUAUUUUUUUUUUAAAUAAUCCUGUUGUCUGUUUGUUGUGUUUUUAAGUGUUUUAUAGGCUCCAGAUGGACUUUUUUUUUGUUAUAUAAAAUAAGAUAUGCCUUCAUUGGUGUGAAGUUAUAUUAAGAUCUUAUACGUUAUCAUGCACCUUUCCUGUUUGGACACAAGGGGGCGGUCUUCUCCCAGUGUGUGGGGGAAACAUGCCAGACACAAUAGUAGAAGGGCAAUAAACCACUUAUUUCUAA